AUGGCCCCAGGAGGCCUGUUCCACUGUCUCCUGCUCCUGUGGCUGCUACUAGGCCUCAGCUGGGGCCCCGCUGCUCUGGGGUCCCCGGUGGCGGAGUCUGGCACCGGCCACCCCCUCGCCCGCCUGCGCCGAGCCACGGCCAGCCCGUGCCGGCUGUGGAGCCUGACCCUGCCGGUGGCCGAGCUGGGCCUGGGCUACGCCUCGGAGGAGAGGGUGGUCUUCCGCUACUGCGCCGGCAGCUGCCCCCACGGCGCCCGCACCCAGCACGGCCUGACGCUGGCCUGGCUGCGGGGCCAGGGUCGCGCCCACAGUGGGCCUUGCUGCCGGCCCACCCGCUACGCCGAUGUGGCCUUCCUCGACGACAGCCACCGCUGGCAGCGGCUGGUCCAGCUCUCAGCGGCCGCCUGCGGCUGCGAAUGAGAGAACCCAGCUGGUGCCAGGAGCCCCGCUCACUUAUUGGAGUCUCGGGUGCGGAGGAGGGGAGGUGGGCUGGGCGGCCAGCAGUCGGUACAAUAAAGGAAGUGCUCUCUUGGCCUGGGACCCUGUGUUCAGCCGACGUGAGACUUGCCACCUCCACUCCCAAUGGGCAGGUGGGACCCGGGAUUCCCCUGC